ACUGAUGGUUUCCUGACAAAAGGAUGAGUCUUUGCGCUCUUUAUUCAAUAUUCACAGCGCUCAUUUAUAUCCAUGGUAAUAUUGAAAUUUUAGAACCCAUCAAUAUUUGACACUUAGAAAUCGUGAUUGAAAAAAUCGAGCACGGUGUCCGAUUUCUCCCAGAGAGAGGAUGUCGUCUACAUCACCUGUUUUAAAAUAAUGAGAUAUCGAUCAAAUACCCAACUCAAGGUAGUACUCCUGAAACUUGGAAAUAGAAUGUGAACAGAAGACGGAACGUUUCCGGAAUGUGUGGCGACACGGUGUACGACUAAUGAGUUGUGAUAGAAAUUCACGGUCCGUGCUCGAUUUCACAUCAAGUAUUAAAGGUCUCUGAUUGGAGGUCGGGGUAAUUUUCAUUUUUAUCUUGAAUAUACUUGUUGAUUGGAUCUUGUUUCUCAUUGUAUCGAUUAAAGGCAGGGAAAAUCGCUGUAAAAGUGUGGGUAGUAUAUAUACCGCCUUUUAAUAGAAACUUGCCUGCCUCCAGACUUCAUUCCCCCACGGGUAACGCUGCUCCGACAGGAAACCAGGCAUUUUAUCGCUAGGACAAAUCUAUUAGUCACUUUUGUAAUAACAGUAUUGACUUAAAACGAAAAUCUGUGCGUCUCAUUACAUCCGGGAGAUUUUUCUUCAUGGAGUAUUCUAAACACUAGGACCAAUAUUUACAUUCUAAUUGUAACCCGGUGAAAAUUUGUUUAAGAGGGGCCAUUGGUGUGGUUUAGUCUUAACCUGAAGAUCGUUUAUGAUUUCAGUUUCAGGCACGAUUAUUACUAAAUCAAUCUAUCUUCGCUGAUAAAAGGAUUCAACGUAAACAAGCGACUGACAAGACGCUCUCGACGAAGCCUUUUACAGGAGGGGUCAUAAUUCAAAAAAUGGAUGGAAAGUUGAGUGCGGACUUGUUGAAAGUUCACAAUGCUAAUAUUCAAAAUGAGAACACAAAAGGAAAGAGCACUAUUGCAUCUUCUGCCAGCAACAUGAGUGGACCAACGACGACCAAACUAAGUAUGAAAGACAGAGUUAUGGGGGUCGGGGGAGGGGGGAGUCAAGACCGAUCGGACAAACACUCCGAGAGUAGCAGCAAGAUUUCCGGUGUUCCUGGAAACAGAUUUGCAAGGAUCCGGACAAAGUUAAGGUUACACACCCUACUUGGAGGUGCUUUAUCCAAAAGGUCGGGUUCGGAAAAAGGAGGACCUACGCGUGUGUUGGAAAAUACAUACAAAUUAGGCCCUGAAGAUGGGACGAAAUUCAACCAGCAGAAAGCAGAACAGAUAAUUCAUAACGUCUUAAAUAUGUACUUGAAAGACAGAGUUUACGACGAGAAAAAGUUUCCGCAGUUGUGUAAAACCUUGUCGGACUUAAUCAAGGAACGUGUCAAAUUGUCCGGACUCCGGCGUUACAAGGUGGUAGCCUAUGUGAUGGUGUUCGAGAACAAGACCCAGGGAGUGCAUUACACCAGUCGGAGUCUGUGGGAGACCAACCUGGACAACUUCGCUACCGUCACGUACAAUGGAAGCGACUUCAUUGCUAUAGGAACAAUUUUUGCUACUUACUAUGAAUGAAACUUCAAAGUGAUUCGUUAAUGUGACGACUCUUCGAUCGAAUGAAUAUUGUUAUUGAGGAAAGCGCUUUUCUUCAAUGGAUUGGAAUAUUUUUUAUGUGCUGCCUCCAUUGCAAAGGUUAAAAGGAUCGGUCCGUGUUGGGAUUACACGUAUCUAUUUCAUUUUUAUUGAUGUUUUUAGAGAGGUAUAAACAACAUUGUGCACUCUUAUUCCACCCUAAAACCAAGCCCUUUGAAAGUGACAUGUAUAUUAUGUUCUCCGUCCCGAAUGUAAUUGCUGUUGAGAUAAUUUAAACCCUUGUCUGAGUUCGUUCCGACGGAAAAUUGCACAUAAAUCAUGGCGACAAGUUAUCGAGUUUAAUUUUUCUUGUGUAUAGGAGUGAUUGUAAAAUCCUAAUUUGUUUAAAAACGACUUAGCUUUGAAUUUUUACUGCCUUGUCUGGAUUGAUCCUUUUAAACGUAUAUCUCUAUAUUGUUUAUAAGUCUCCUUAGCAACGGCCCUUGGGAGAAAAGUAAUGCGCCUUGCUCAUCAAAUUGUUUACUUAGAACUAAAAUGUAUACCUUUGUCCCUUUAAAAUUCCUCAAUGCCGAGCACACGUCCAGUUUGUUGAUGUUUCAAAUCAUAGGUCGUUUUAUUUUUUAUUUCAAAAAUAUUUUUGUUAUUUGCAAAUCAAUAUUUGUACAUGUUUUUGUUGAUGUGCCCAUUCAGUGGUUGUUUUAUAAAUCUGAACAUUGCAUUUAAAGCCUUUCUUCUGGGCUGAAGGACCGAUGUCGAUCAAAAUGGCCUAAUAAUUAAAUAAGUGCUAUUCUUACAACUGUGAUAUCAAUUCUCAUAUAUUUAUUUUUAUUCCUGAUGAAUUUUUAGAAGUUGUUAAUGUAUGUUUACCAAUUUUUCAUGUCCGUUUCGAAGUAAAAUUUGUAAUUAAGUGGUCUUCUGAAUUAUUUUGAAUUCACUGUACUAGAAAUGAUAUUCUCAUAUAUUUAUUUUUAUUUCUGAUGAAUUUUUAGAAGUUGUUAAUGUAUGUUUGCCAAUUUUUCAUGUCUUUCGAAGUAAAAUUUGUAAUUAAGCGAUCUUUUGAAUUAUUUUGAAUACACUGUACUAGAAAUGAUAAUUUCUGAAUAUGAUAUUUCUUUCUAAAAGUGUAUGCGUUCAAGAACGAAUAUUCUUCUGGAGUAAAUGUAGAUCAGUUUUUGUAUGACAGAAGGGAUUAAACAAAUUAAACAAAUGAACAUGAAUAGAACAACUCCUCAACAA